GAGGGGGAGUAUGCAGAAGAGGAGGAAGAACUAGAGGAGGAUGAGGAGGAGGAUGAGGAUGACUAUGAAGAGGAGUAUGAAGAGGAGUAUGAUGAGGAGUAUAAAGAAUAUUAUGAGGAAGAAGCUGACAAAGAGGAGGAGGAGGAAGGAGUGGAGGAGGAGGAGGAAGAAGAAUAUGAAGAAGAAGAGGAGGGAGCAGAAGCUGUAGACGAGGAGGAGGAAGAGGAGGAAGAGGCAGAUGAAUUUGAAGAGGAGGAGGAGGAGGAGGAGGGAGAAGAAGAAGGGUUAAGAGAUGAAGAGGGAUUUGAAGCAGCUGCUGAGGAAGAGGAGGAGGAAGAAGAGGAGUUGGAGGUAGCUGCUGAGGUGGAGAAAGAUGAGGAAGAAGAGAACGAACCAGAAGCAGCUGCAGCUGAAAUUGACGAAGAAGAAGAUGAUGAUGAAGAUGAAGUGAAAGAGGCUGAUGCUGACAAAGAUGAUGAUGAUGAUGAGGAAGAGGAAGAGCAAACAGAUGCUGCUGAUGAAGAUGAUGUUGAAGAGUCUGAACCUGCAGAAGCUGAUGCUGAGGAUGAUGAUGAUGAUGAUGAUGAAGAUUCUCCAGAACCUAUCUCCACUUCUGAGGAUGAAGAGUCGGCGGUGUCUCCUGAUUCUGAGUCUGACGCUCCUGUUGAAGUCAAAGACAGUGAUGAAGACGUAGCCCUGCCCGUUGAAGAUGACGAAAAAGAUGAAGACGAACACGACGAAGACGAUACCAGUGACGAUGCGUUCACUGACACCUCAGAAGUCAGCGGAUCUGCACUUCUCUCCAGUGAGGAGGACGACGAGAGGUACGAAGACGACGAUGAAGACGAUGAAGACGACAAAUUAGCUGAGGGUGUCGCAACAUCUGAUAGCGACGACGUCAUUGCAGAAGACAGCGAUGACGACCUGGAGCUUGAUCUUCCUCCUGUUCUUGCAGCCAGUGAGGAUGAUGAAGAUGAUGAAGAUGAUAAACUAGCUGAAGAAGAAGGUCUUCCUCCUUUACCUGUUGCUGAGGAUGAUGAUGACAUUGAUGAUGAUGAUGAAGAAGACCUAGACGAGGACAUCAAAGUUGCCGAAGAUGAGGAGGAUGAUGAUGAUCUGGACCUAUCAGACGAGGACUUCUCCGUCGCCUCCUCUGAGCACUUCGCAGACGAUGAAGAUGAUGAGGAGGACAGUGACCUCAGCGACGAAGACCUCGACUUCGACCUGAACAAAGAUGAUGAUGACAAACCCGAUGAUGUCAUCGAAGAAGACAUCGAUGACGACGAUGAUGAUGACAAGGAGGAGGAAGAGGAGGAGGAACUCCCUCCCUUUGAGAGCACAGACAGCGGAGUCUUGGGCGAUGAAGAUGAUGACGACGACGUUGCUCUUCAAACAGAUGAAGAGACUGUCUUCAGUGAAGACAUCUAUGACACAACCGACGAUGAUGAGGAUAAAGAUGAUGAAGAUGUCGAUACCAGCUCAUUUGAGUUCAACUUAGAGCAAGAAGACGAAAAAGAAACAUUUGUUGACGCUGAAAAAGACGAUGAUGAUGAUGAUGAUGAAGAAGUCAUAUCUGAGUCCUUGGGUCGUGAGGAUGAUGAUGAAGAGGACGAUGAUGAUGAUGUUGAUGAAGUCUUACUAGCAGCUGCCACUGCAGCAGCGUUCAGUGUCCAGGAGGAGGCAGUGAAGACUGAGGCAGACCAGGACGAAGACGAGGAUGAGGACGCCAAACAGGCUGCGGAUGAAGAGGAGGCUGAGGAGGCUGAAGUACAAACAACUGUCACCAGUCAUCCUGCCGCUCACGAGGACGACGAUGACGAGCGGGAGCACGAGGAGCCGACAGCUGAACUAAAGAAAGCUGUGGACGAGCCUGAAGACGAAGAGGAGGAGGAUGAAGACGACGACGGCGAGGAGAAGGCCACGGUGGACGUGAUCAAACCCGUGCCGGAGCCGGAGGAAGAAGCACCAAAGACAGAACCAGCAGUGUGUCCCUGUAUGAACUCUGCAAAGGCCAAAGAGUCCGCCAGCAAGACAGAGGACAAAAAAGACGCUCCGAGGAGAGUUUCAGCUCUGGGCAGGAGAAAAGAUCGCGAAGCUGUGAAGACCGUCGAAAAGCCAAAAAGGAAAGCUCUGCCCAGAAUUUCAGUUCUGGAGCCAAUCAGGAGGAUCAGGAGACUUCCUCCUCCUUUCAGAGCCAAGAGAGUGGAAAAGACUCCGACCAAGACUCCCAAAAAAACCCAAUCUCGCAAAUCACAAGCCUCAGAGAGUCCUAAGACCCUCGAUCCAGAGACCAAAAAACAAGAAGAAGUCACAGAAUCUGGACAAGAAGUUGGCCCUUGCAGACCGGCACCGGUCUACUGCCCGGCCCCACCUGGCUGGUACGUUCAUCACAUUGUCACAGACAACCCGUACCCUCCUCCGACCAUGUCAGCUCCCUCUGCUCCUGUUCUGACCGCUCACCCCGUCCAUCCCGGACCACUGCCGCCUCUUUACCAGCAGCAGCCGAUGCAGCCGAUGCAGCCGAUCUACGCGCAGUACCAACCGUAUCCACCGAUGCAGCCGGUGAUGCAGCCUCACGCGGAGCCGGUACAGCCAGUCCCACCAGGUGAACCGGCCCAGCCAGAAGCCACGGAGCAAGAGGCUCCCGUUCAGCCGGAGAUCCAGACUCCAGCUGCUGAAGCUCAGCUGACUGAGGCUCCAGUCCAGGAACCAGAGACCGUUGAGGAACAAGUGAAGGCGGCCUCCACCAAGAAAGCUGCAAAGAAAACCAAGGCUGCUGAUUCAGAAAAAGAGCCAGCAGCAGCCGGAGAGAAGACAAAGAAAGAUGCGGCCGCUUCGAUUGACAAAAGCAAAGCUGCUGCUGCAAAGAAAGAGCCAGCAGUAAGAACAGAGAAAACCAAACCUGCUGCAGUGGCUAUGAAAGAGCCGGCUGUCAAAGAGAAAACCAAACCUGCUGCAGUGGCUAAGAAAGAGCCAGCUGUAAACGAGAAAAGCAAACCUGCUGCAGCUGAUAAGAAAGAGCCUCCAGCUGCGCGACAGAAGAGGAAAUCCGCCUCUGAGAAGACAGAAGCGUCACCCGUCAGGAGCAAAGUCAAGGCUUCUGCAGCAAAGAGAGAACCAGAUCCAGAACUGCAUCCAGAGCCAAUCAGACUGAGAACAAGACUAGAAGCUGUACGGAGGGAUAACGUAACAUCUCAGGCAAAGGAGGAGAAACCUGCCCGACCUCCGUCUGAACCAGCCAAAACAAGAUCACAAUUAUUGGCGAACAAGAAAAGCAAAGCUGAGAAGGCUGAAAAGAAAUCUGUCAAAGAGGCUGAAGAAGAAACCCAGAUUGAUGACGACGCGACGGAAAAGAAGAAACCAAGUCAGAGAUACUUCCAGUGCAUUUACGUCCCUGGUAAAAAGGCACAGUACCCCUUGCGACCUUUCACCCCGGCCAUGUCCCCCGCCAUGAUGACCCCGGCGAUCCGGUCCAUGUUGGAGCAGCAGCAGAGAGCAGCGAGGGCGUCGGGGCAAUAACCUGAAGUCUCUCCUCAUAUCUGACAAGCGCUGCUUCUCCCAGUCCAGCAGGAGGAGAUGCUUUUUAAAAAAUCUGUGGAGUCCUUCAAUUCUGAAGGAGAAACCACAGACAGAUAAGAGUGGACGGAACUAUUUUCUCUUUUAAUUUAUUCAUGUAUUUAUUUCCUCUUCGUGUGGUUGAGCUCCUGGGGUUCCUGCUGAUGAUUCCCAAUCUUCCUAUCAGCUGAUGCUUCACUGCCAUGCCUUGCUCAGAUCAAAUAUUAUAUCGCCAAAAUCCAAACAAGGAAGCAUCUAUGUGGUAACUCGUAAAGUAUUGUACUUGUAUUUGUACUUUAGGCGUAAAUAAACGUACACACCUUUUACUUCUGCAGUCAGGUUUAACAUAAGCUUUCUAUUAUUCCCUACAUUUGUUUUUGUACUUAGAGGCAUUUCAGUUAUGCACAGUGAGAAACACAUAGUAGUAAUAAAUACAAAACCGAUAAUGCACGAACAAAGCUAAUAAUAAAGUGCAAACUGAGAUAGUGUUUUGCAUCAGAUGUUAACGGAAAAUAGAUCAGGAUUAAAGAAAUUAGAGAAACAGAAUAGUUUAGUAUUUUUAUUUGAAUGGGAUAAAAUAUUACUUGAAGGGGCUUCCUGCAUAUUUCACAAUAAGAGCUGCGAUCGACGGCUUCUGUCUUUUAUUUCCUGCGAACCGUAACAAGGUGUGUUUUGCUGCAUCUGCAACAGAUUAGCAUGCAAACGUUUGGAGGGUCAAAUGAUCCCAGGAGCUCCCACAUUUUGAUCCAAGCGGCCUCCCCGUCUCUGAUGGUGAGUCUCAUCAACAUGGCAAAUGUUGUUGAGGGAUGAUGAUGAGGAAUUAUCUUCUUCUACAAGACCUAAUAUCAGGCAGCAGCGAAAAGGAAGGUGAGCUCGUCUCACAGUAUGAACCUGCCGGACACGCUACAGUUUGUAAGACAUGCUUUGGUUUUCAUUUCCAGACACUGACUCGUUAAUAAGUUGCAAAUUUAAAUGUCCAUUUGACUUUAAAGAGGCAGAACUAAUGGCUUAGGUUAACGCUUACAUGCAGUACAUCAAAUACCACAAAUAAUUCAUGAUUUGAAUGCUGAUAUUUUUUUUUGUAUGAUUGGCGUUUCAUCUCUUUUUCCCAUGCAAAUCUUGACCUGCAAAUUGUGGAUGACAAAUCAGCUUUGUUCGUCUGAAUGAAGUGCGGUUUGUUGAAUCAAUGGCGUCAUAUUUCUGCCUGUUUGAUCAGACGGAUCUCAAACUGUUUGAAGUUGAGGUAAAUAAAUAGAGAGCUGCAGGGACGACCUAUUCUUGUAGUCCAACAGGAAGUUAGCAUCGCGCUCGUUCCCUCCACAAAAAGCCAAUGAGAUUUCUUCUGUUGGAUUUUGCAUUAUUGCAGAAAUGAAUCGCUGUGUCAAACAAACGUUUAUGAUACUUACAUGUUUUGUUCUUUAAGAUCGUCACAAAGAACACCACCUUUAAGAUUUUGUGAAGCGAAAGUAAGAUCAUCAGAAGUAAAAAGCUAACAUUAGGCUAUAGAGGAGCUCCACCACGGUCACAUGACGUCUCCACCGCUAAGCU